CGUGGUUCGGCGGCGCUGAGCGAUUGGUUGAAGUUAGCUCAGUGGCGAAGUGUUCGCAGCAAAACUCGCCGGUAGACAGCUCGCUCUCGCAAUGCCCAACAAGAAUCAAGGGGAAUCUGACGGGGCUUGCCCAGCCUUCAGAAGAGACAGCUCUGGUGUCCUAGAUGAGGCUUCUUCAAUGGACGAAAUGGAAGACACAUCUAUCGUAAAAUCCCCUAAUGACUCUAAGAAGUACCGAUAUAUUCAGCUUGACAAUGGGUUAAGAGCGCUACUUAUCUCUGAUUUGAAUGUGGGUGAAAUUGUCUCUGACUAUUCAGAGGACGAGAUAGAAGAAGAAGAAGAAGAUGGUGAUGAUGAUGAUGAUGAUGAUGAACAGGAGCAAGAAUGUGAAUCCGAUACGAAUGAAAGUGAAUCCAGUGGAAUGGACUCCAGUAAAAAGCACUGCUGUGAAGAGAAGCUGUCUGCUGCUGCCUUGUGUGUUGGUAUAGGAUCUUUCAGUGAUCCAGAAGAAUUGCCCGGAAUGGCACAUUUCUUGGAGCACAUGGUCUUUAUGGGGAGUGAGAAAUAUCCUGAUGAAAAUGGCUUUGAAGUUUUCCUUAAGAAAUACGGUGGCAGUACAAAUGCUUCUACAGACUCUGAGCGCACUAUUUUCCAGUUUGAUGUCCAACGAAAGCAUUUUAAAGAAGGCUUGGACAGGUGGGCUCAGUUCUUUACUGUGCCACUGAUGGUUCGUGAUGCAGUUGAAAGGGAGGUGGAAGCUGUUGAUAGUGAAUACCAGAUUGGACGACCUUCAGACACCAAUAGAAGACAAAUGCUUUUUGCAAGCCUUGCCAAUUCUGGCCACCCUAUGGCCAAUUUUUCUUGGGGAAAUGCUCAGACACUGAAACAUGAGCCUAAAGAGAAAAAUAUAGAUCCACAUUCGAGACUAAGAGCAUUUUAUGAGAGACAAUACUCUGCAAAUUACAUGACCCUCGCUGUGCAGUCUAAAGAGACCUUGAGUACUUUGGAAACAUGGGUGAGAGAGAUUUUCAGCCAUAUCCCAAAUAAUGAGUUACCAAAGCCAGAUUUUAGCAACCUUAUAGAGCCUUUCAAUAACCCUCAUUUCAAUGUACUAUACAGAGUUGUCCCAAUCAAGAAAGAUCAUACUCUGACCAUAUCAUGGGCUAUGCCUCCUCAGCAUCAAUAUUAUAGGGUCAAGCCCCUUCGUUAUUUGUCGUGGCUGAUCGGACAUGAGGGCAAAGGCAGCAUUCUCGCCUUGCUACGAAAGAAGUAUUGGGCUGUGGCUCUGUAUGGAGGUUGCAGUUCUACUGGUGAUGAAGAAAACUCCACCUGUUCUGUGUUUACUGUGAACAUCACACUAACAGAUGCAGGAUAUGAACAUUUCUAUGAGGUAAUACAUAUAGUGUACCAGUAUCUAAAAAUGUUGCAGGUCUUGGGACCACAGGAAAGAAUCUUUCGGGAAAUACAACAAGUUGAAGAUAAUGGCUUCCGCUUCCAGGAAGAGACAGACCCUAUCAAGAAUGUUGAAGACAUAUGUGAAAACAUGCAGCUGUUUGUAAAAGAGGAUAUCCUGACUGGAGAUGAGCUACUUUUUGAAUACAGUCCUGAGGUAAUCUCAAAUGCCCUCAAGUACUUUACACCUCAGAAGGCAAAUAUUAUGGCCCUGUCACCUCAUAAUGAAGGAAAAUGUGAUCUCAUAGAAAAAUGGUUUGGGACCCAGUACAGCAAAGAAGAUAUUGAUCCAAAAUGGAGAGCUCUCUGGGCCACAGAUUUUGCUUUAAACCUGGAUUUGCAUCUCCCCGAGGAAAACAAAUUUAUUGCUUCUGAAUUUGCUCUGAAGACAUCAGACUGCCCAGACGCAGAGUAUCCAGUGAAGGUGUUGGACACUGAGCUGGGAGCUUUAUGGUACAAAAAAGAUAACAAAUUCAAAAUUCCUAAAGCUUAUGUUCGUUUUUAUCUGAUCUCCCCUGAGAUACAGAAAUCACCAGAAACCUUGGUCCUGUUUGACAUCUUUCUUAAUAUACUGAACCACACGCUCGCAGAAUCGGCCUAUGAGGCAGAUCUUGCACAGCUGGAAUAUAAACUGGAGGCUGGAGAAUUUGGACUAGCUAUCAGUGUGAAAGGAUUCAACCACAAAUUGCCACUUCUGUUUGAACUGAUUAUUGACCACCUGGCAGACUUCACCGCUUCUAUUGAUGUGUACAAAAUGAUUACAGAGCAGCUCAAGAAAGUCUACUCCAAUCGUCUCAUCAAACAAACGAAAUUAGGGCCGGACAUAAGACUUAUUAUUCUGGAGCAUGGUCGCUGGUCAAUGAUGGAAAAGUAUCAAACAAUUCUAAAGGGUGUAAGCUUAGAGCGUAUGCUGUCCUUUGUGAAAUCGUUCAAGUCUCGACUGUAUGCUGAGGGCUUAGUGCAAGGAAACUUCACCUGCAAGGAAUCCAUUGAGUUUCUCAACUGUGUUGUAAGGAAACUGAAGUUCUCUCGUUUGGAGGCCCGUGUUCCUGUCCAGUUCCAGGUUGUUGAAUUGCCUAAUGCUCACUGCUUGUGCAAAGUGAAAGCUCUGAAUAAAGAAGACAGCAAUUCCGAAGUCACUGUCUAUUACCAGUCAGGUCCAAGAAGUUUAAGAGAGAGCGCUUUGAUGGAACUGCUAGAGUUGCACAUGGAGGAACCCAGCUUUGAUUUUCUGAGGACAAAGCAGACUCUGGGGUAUCAGGUGUAUCCAACGUGCCGAAAUACAUGUGGCAUUUUGGGAUUUUCAAUUACUGUGGAGACACAAGCAACUAAAUUCAGCUCUGAGUUUGUUGACCAAAAAAUAGAGGAAUUUCUGGUGUUGUACGGAGAUAGAAUUGCAAACAUGACUGAUGAAGAAUUCAAAACACAGGUGAAAGCACUUAUAAAAAAGAAGGAAUGUGAGGAUCCCAACCUGGGGGAAGAAGUGGACAGGAACUGGAAUGAAGUUGAAAGCCAGCAGUACCUGUUUGACCGUUUAGUGCGUGAGAUCAAUGCUCUGAAGACCUUUGUGAAGGAAGAUAUGAUCUCCUUGUUUAAAGCACUUCGAGGCCCUGACAGAAAGAUGCUCAGUGUGCAUGCGGUUGGUUUUGGGGAGAAGGAGCCAGAUGCUGUGACGUGCAAUCCAAAGGGACAACCAGAUUCCUCCAGUCCCCUUUGUCUGUCUUUCCUUCCUGCUACUCCAUUGAUGGCGAAUGCAGUGCUAAUUACUGAUAUCCGUGCCUUUACUUCCCCCUUGAAGCUCUUCCCAUACCACAAAAUAAUCGACUAAAAUUCUAGAAGGCACAGAUGUAGGAGAUGCUGGAUUCCUGGUGUUGGCUUUACACCAUUAUUUUGUGUAGUUUUCCAUUAUGUGAUCACAGUUUGCUUCCUUAAAUGCUUUUUAAUAGAAGCAGAUUCUAACACCAACUUGGAGACAGGCUAAGAACUACCAAGGCGGGUCUGGACUGGGAUUCAAAAUAGGCCCUGGCAUUUUAAGUACAGACAUCCCCCCACCACCAGCCCAAUAAAUAUUGACUGUCUAUGGCAUUUGCCAGAAUUCACAGAUUACCGGUCCGCCUGUACCAAGGGUGGCAUGUAAAAACAUAUUGACAUGUUUCAGGCAGAAACUCCCGAAACGUGUCAAGUAUGCUGCGUGUCUUUUAACGUCGAUGAAUAAAGAUCUUGGAUUUUAAA